AUGAAUGCUCAACCCGAUACGGCCGCAUAUCAUGCAUUGUUGAUUGGUAUCAACGAUUAUCCAGAUAAGCCCCUCAAAGGAUGUGUCAGUGAUGUCUACUACAUCAAAAGCCACCUCGAGGACACCUUAGGCGAUGCAAUCCAGAUACACCUCCUUAUAGCUGGCAUUCCAGCGGGACAGGAUUUGGACCUCUCAGCACAGAACUCGGCGCUAUGGCCCAGCUACCACAAUGUCAUCUCCGCCCUCCGCAAUAUUACGACACAAUCGAAAGAGGGAGAUUGUGUUUACAUCCACUACUCAGGCCAUGGCACCCAGGACCCAGAGGAUGGGGACCUUGCUCUAGUGCUGCUGAAUGAGAAUCUAGGGCAACCCCAAAUCGAGUUGCUCUGGACUGAUGUCUUAGCAAACAUGGUGCAGGCUAUGGUGGACAAGGGGUUAAGAGUGACCCUAGCCCUCGACUGCUGCUUCUCCGGGGGAAUCUUUCGCGGUGAUGGCCCGGAGGAAGGAGAAAUCCUCCGCUUCUAUCCUUAUGAUAAAGUUACUAGGAAGAGGCCAGCGUCCAGCCAUUCUCGAACAUGCAAUUCAGCCUCUACUAGGCCCUCGGCAUACCGUGAUCUCUCAGCACUACUCAACUGGCAAGUCGACCCAAACCGACAUGCUAUCCUCGCGGCAUGUGGCGCCAACGAGACUGCCAAAGAACCCAAGAUCAACGGACAAAACAGAGGGUUGUUUUCUUACUUCCUCCUAGACGCCAUGAAAAAGUACGGUCUCUCAGCAAGUCACGCUGACAUCUUCAGCUACCUGUCCGGGAAUGUAAAAGCAUCCGGUGUGCGUCGACAGAAUCCUUGGAGGGCAGGAAACAGGAACCAAGCCUUCUUUGGCCGGCAGCUGCAUAGAAGAACCACAGAAUCACUGAUCACCGUCCUGCGGGAUAGAGACGGCACUCUGGAGCUUCAAGCCGGUCAUGCACACGGGAUCUGUGCCGGGGAUGAGUUCAGCAUCUUGCCUGCUUCGGUUGCACUCCAGUCUUCAGCCCAGGACUCAGCAAUAUAUAAGGUUCUCUUUGCCAGGCCUCUAACAUUUCCUGUCUGGAUCCCAAGAAACCUACCAGCAUUUGAGGAGUGGAUAACUGCGUUGCAACAGCGAUCUCUUCAACUUUCGGACUUUCCUCAGACACCGCCAGCUUUCGAGGUAGCUCUUAUACAGGACGGAGGAUACCGUAUCCUCAACGGAUCAUCGGAAGAGCUCCUUAUCUUGCCUUCGCGCGCCAAACCCAGCAUUAGCGACGUAGUCAACAUCCUGGAGCAUCUUGCCAGAUACCAAUUAGCAAGGACUCUGGUCAAUCAGUUCCCAAAUCCCAUCUUCACGCAGUCCUAUGAAGUAUACAUGCAGCUUUUUGGGAAACGAUACGAACCUGGCUCCGAGCUCAAGGUAUCCAACUUCAGCAAGAUAUCGUUAGUUGUCAGAAACUUGGGCAACCAGCCGAUUUACAUGGUUGUUCUUAACUUCCGACAUGGCUGGCAAGUGAAUAACCUGUUCAAUGCAACCUACAAUGUCAUCCUGCCGCGGAGUGAGGGGAGGAGUUCGGAAAGGACGAUCAGCUUCAGAGCUCAAGUUCCGGACGAAGUUAUGGAGAAGGGGCAAAAUGAAUGCAAGGAUGUCUUAAGGGUUAUGUUGACAUCCAGACCGACGUCGUUUGAGUUGUUGGAGCUUGAUAGACUGGGCGAGGUUAAAGAACGUCUAAGUAAAGAAAGCUCAGUUCGUGCAGGCGGCGAUGAUGAGGAGGAGGAGAUUUGGAGUGUUGAGGAAUUUUGUAUCUGCGUUUCUGCAUAG